AUGACCGACCAGAAGGAAAAAAAGGACAGUUUUCAAGUAAAACCAUCGUCAUUUCUCUGUGGAUUUCUUCGGAUCAUAAUUUCAUCCAUCAUACUCAUUGCGUUUGCAUUUCUUUUCGUCCUCACCUAUGUUGCGCUCUCAGAAUAUCAUGGAGAACAAGCCAGUCGUGUUCAUGAGAUUCUCAAAAUAUCAGACAGGCAGAUCACUGAUGAUUUGCUUGAAAGCGUGCUUUGGGUUCUUGAUGGGACCGUAGUCUGCAUCUGUUUGUUCUUAAUUUUGGAGGAUGCAUACCUCGUGUAUGAGUUGAAUUGGAAACUGCAACAGCUGAACUCUGAAGCUUAUUUGUCAUUAAGAGAAGCAGUAAGAGUUGAUAAUCGUUACAUAAAAGAUGCUAUUGUGUUAGAAGCUCAAGAAGCUCAAGAGAUUAAUAAAGCAGCACACCAGACCAAGGAGAGGAGCCUCCCGACGACUCCGCAAAUGAGCACCCCUAACCAGGAAAUAGAUGUCGAAGCUAUUUCUACGCAAAAGAAAGGCGAAGAAAAGAAGAGAAAUUAA